AUGAGUAUGAUCCAACAUUUUCAUAAAAGAUCCGAUUUGAUUAGGAUCAUUCUAUCGAUUAUAAUGAUUUGGUGUAUGAUUAUGUUAAUGGAUUUAUCCAAUGGUCAUUUAUUGAUAAAAGAAGAAAAAAUUUUACGGAAAUUAGUCAAUUUGAUUCAUGCCACAACAACAAAUGAUUUCAAUCUGUGUACAAUUCAUUCACGUCAAUUACAAUAUUUAUUAUAUACUACUUAUAAUACUACUACUACUACUACUACUACUACUACUACUCAUUAUAAUGAUAUUCCAUUAGCAGCAGGAGCAGGAACAGGAGCGUCGUCAGCAUCAUCGGCAGAAGGAUCAGGAUCAUCAACAAUGAUUAAUUUAAAUGAAACAUUCUAUCCAAUAUUUCAUCAUUUAAUCACACAAAACUCUUUAACACAAAAUUGCUUGCAUGAUAUAUAUAGAUCUAUACAGAUUAUGAGAAAUUUCAAUCGUUGGCAUAGCAACAACCACUACCACGACAACCACAACCCCAACAACAAUAAUCAUGAUACCAGGAAACAAUUAGAAGUCUAUUUAUUUCGUUUAUUACAAUUAAAUCAACCAAUUGAAUUUUAUAAUAUGGAAUUAUUCAAUAAUUUCAUCACUAUGAAUGAUGAUUAUGAUGAUCAAAAAUCCAAUUUAAUUGGUAUUGGUUAUUGUUUCAAUGGGAUAUUAAUGGCUUAUGUCAAUAAUUAUACUACUACUACUACUAAUAGUAGUAUUAGUAGUGAUUCCUCUGAUCGUAAUUCUAUAUGUAGUCAAUUUGUAUUGAAUAUAGAAUUAUUUGAUAAUAAUAAUGAGACUAUAGGGUUUAAUGAUUAUGAAUAUGGAGAAUUUUCACCCAUUUGGGCACCAAUUCAAUGUGAAUCUAAUUCAAUCAUAUCAAUAGUUUUACGAUAUUUUAUUGAUACAAAAGAAAAAAGGCAAGUUUUUCUUUUCCUUCUUUUUCUUUUAGGUGAUUUAAUCCGAUUUGAGUUUUCAGCUAGUGGUAACAAUCAAUCUGUUUAAAUGAAUGUAAUGUCUAGGAGUAAAGUGUGUUACUCUGGUUUCUACCAAUGGAGCAUAGGCUGCAGACCAGCAUUCUCCAAUCCAUUCUGUUCACGGUCUUCCUUUCUAGUUCCAUUCAAUUUUCGCUUAUUUUUCUCAUGUUUAUCUCCAUUUCUCGGCGUAAUGUAUUCUUUAGUCUUCCUCUUCUCCUCUUUUUUGCUUUGAGGAUUCCAUGUGAGGGCUCGCCAUGUGAUACAGUUGGGUGCUUUCCUCAAUGUGUAUCCUAUCCACUUCCAGUGCCUAUCCAUGAUUUCUUCCUCCGCUGGGAUCUGCUUUAUUCUCCUAUAAUAGGUUGUUGUUGAUAGUGUCUGGCCAACGGAUCUGAAGGAUUAUGUAUUGACCACGACCAAACUAUCGAGCUCAGAGAACAAAACUCCAUCAAAGACAAUUACUCAUCAACAUAUACAUUGAACAUUGAUGUGGAUAUUGAAUUGGACUAAUUACUUGGUUUACGGUUGGGAAUCUUUAAGUCUUGGCACAAAGCGAAUAUUAUCCGGCCUGGCUCUUGAAAGGAGAACGAAGAAACAAUCACCAGUUCGAUACGGGAGCACUUAAUCAACCGUGGACAUAUCGCUCCAAAAGACUCUUCGUUUAAGAUAGUUUACAGAGUCAAAGGAACUGGGUCGAAGGGUGUUCGAAUCAAUAUUUUAUGCACCGCAUAAGUUGGUAGAUGUUCACACUUGGUACAUAAAGGGCCAGAUAAAAUCAAUUCGCAGUUCUAUCUUGGCACAUCUCAUUGAUAGCGGUCAUGCUGUAGAUAAAUCGGGAACAUUUCGAGUGAUCUAUCGUAUACCUCCAUCAUUUCCCAACGGAGUUUGUUCCCGCCUCCUACAUAUAGCUGAAGCCAUAGGAAUUUGUACAUAUAACCCCAAUUUAUGUGUACAGAAGAAAUUCGUAACCCCCCUAUUCCUUCCAUGGCUAGUUAUAACUUAACAAACAAAUUUUCCGCCUCAUUCCGUUUGUAUUCUUCACUAUCUAAUUAUUUACACACUUCUCAUUACGUAAUGAUUCUAGUGUUUUAGUGUUGACUAGUCCACGUUUGUUUGACCUUCUAUUGCCAACGUUUAACUAUUGAUAAGAGUUUUGUGAUCAUCUUUUAUUAUUCUCACUACGAUCAGUUCACAUGUCUUCCCAAUACUAUCAACUUGUACUAUUACCUAUUUCAUGUGUAGUGACUUAUUCUAUUUCAUUGUGAUGAUUGACCCAUAUUGCCUUGAUUGAUUUAAAAAUUUCAUAAUAAAUAUUCAUGUAUAUUAGAGUAAAGCCUGAUGACGAUCUUUAUUGAAAACAAUAUUGUUCGCUUAUAUGUGUUGUUCUAAUUUUCCCGAUGGGAAUCUUUGAUAUUAUCUGAGCCAGAAAUUUGGUUCUUCCUUACCGCUUGAUUAGUACGUUAACCUCAUUUGUUAUUUAUUGUCUAAUCCAUUUUUGUUUUGUGUGUGUGAUACAAUCCUUUCUAUCCUUCUAUAGAUAUACAUUUUCCAUAUCUAACUAUAUAUACGAAUGUACAGCUUGAGUAAAUGAUUUCGUCGAAAAGUAAAAGAUUUUCUCCGCUGAAUUCUCUUUUUCUUAUUCAAUUGAUUUAUUCAUGUCAUUAUGAAUUAAACACUAA